CCAAGGGCCCGGGGAGCAGACGGCCAGGGCUUUCCAGCUCAGCUCCUGCUCUCAGGCCGUUUCCGCUGCUCCCGUGGCUACAGCGAUGGCGCCCAAUGCUGCCUGCCUCUGUGUGCAUGUGCAGUCUGAGCAGUGGGGCCCCAUGGCCUUCGCUGCCAGCCCGGAGGACAGAGUGAGGAAGAUCAGCGAGCACGUCCGCUCUAAGACGCAGGUUGCCGUGCGGGACCAGGUCCUUCUCCUGGGCUCGAAGCCGCUGAAGCCGCGCAGAACGCUGUCAUCUUAUGGCAUCGACCGCGAGACGACCAUCCACCUCACCCUGCGGGUGGUGGAGCCCAGUGACGAGGCGCUGCCCCUCGUUCUGGUGGAGCCGGGCGACCAGGGGCAGAGGCACGGCCUCCUGGUGCGAAGGGCCAGCUCCGUGGCCCAGGUGAAGGCCAUGAUCGAGACCAAGACCGCGCUGCCCCCCGAGAAGCAGGUUGUGACUUGCAAUGGGAAGAAGCUGGAAGACGGGAAGACCAUGGCGAGUUACGGCAUCAGGCGCGGCACCUCACUCUUCCUGACACACCACUGCUACGGGGGCGCAGCUGAGGGGCAGGGCUGUGUGUGGCUGAGAGCAGAAGACAGCAUCUUCUCCAGCUGCUCCGGGUCAGAAACACGCACAGAAGCUGAGACAGAUCUGUAAAUGACUUUCCAACUUCUUCUUUCACCUCAAUCACCAUCUUUUCAACGUGUUAUGCUAAUAGCAAACAACUCCUAAUCAACUGUCUCCAAAAUUUCCCGCUCAGUGAAUUAUCCAAUUCAUGAGUUACGUUUUAAAAACACUUAGAACAGUGCGGAGCUCAUUAACAAAAUUCUAGAACUUAUUGAAAAGUGCAUCCUUUGUCAUUUUGCACUUAAAAUACCAAAACUGUCACAAAAUUUCUAAGUAAAAUACGCUUCAUAUGAAUAUUAGAGGGCAACUAUGCAAUUUAGAGCUUCCUCUUCAUAGGUUUUCUUCAGCCCGGAAGGAGUGCGCCGGAGCAAAAAGGGACUUCCCUGACCGGGAAUCGAACCCGGGCCGCGGCGGUGAGAGCGCCGAAUCCUAACCACUAGACCACCAGGGAGGCUGGUGGCAGCUCUCAGACCAAAGUGUAUCAGCCAAAUGCUCCAAUCCUGCGACAAUGGCUUCCUUUCCCGAUUUCCCGAACU